AUGCUCCAAGUCAACAAGUACUAUAAUGACGAGCGCCACUACGAGAUCGAGAAAGACACCCGCAAGCAAGGCACGCCAUCCAACGGUGUGCUGCGCCGCAACAAGCGCAAGGAUCGUGAUUUGGAGGGCUGCAAAAGUUACAGAGACAGCCUGUGCGAAGAAUUUGUUCAAGGUCCACGUACUUCUUUCUGGUCAGAUGGAUUCCGGGGGAGAGGAAAAGAAACACUCACUAGUGUCGCCGCACGGAUCGCGGACGAGAGAACUUUGGGUCACUGUCUGGAUAACCGGAACAGACGGACAAAUACCAGCAAAAGGAAACAAGCAGCUGGUAUGAUGUUCAAGAUCUUGAUUCGAAAACUAUGGUGA